AUGUGUACUCAAGGGCUAUACGGCCCCACAAUGAUUUCCAUGUUCAACGCAGCCGAAGAAGAGGGCAUAUCUUGCUCUUGGAUUGGUACAAUUCCAGUGAUCUACCUACGUGAUCCAGAAAUCAUUCGGCACGUGCUAGUUGCAAAUUCUGACUGCAUUAGCCGUCAGGGAUCGAAUGGACGGGGCCCUUUCGGAAUCAUGACGAGAAUGACCGGAGAGGUGCCUGUGACCGCCGAGGGAGAAAACUGGCGCCGAUGGAGGGCUAGCCUAUUGAAGGGUUUCAAUAGGACACAAUCGCUGAAAAAUGCGCUUCCAGGGAUUGUAGCCAUAGCUGACAGACAUGUCCAGCGUCUGCUGCAAAAGAAAGAAGGCUCUGAUAUUCGAAGUGAUAUGGAGCAACUUGCUCUUGAUGCUGCUUGGUACAUCAGCCUGGGUGUCGACGACAUGUCAGACUCUUCGGCGGAGCUUUUAUCUAUAAUGUCAAGGUAUGUAGAACUUGUUGGAAACCCGUCUCACCUGUGGCGUCAUGCUGUUCGAAAUAUGAUUUCAGCGAAGAAGUUUGAAGAGCCUGAUUCUGUGGAGUCAAAGGUUGGAAAAGACAUUUCAGGUUUUGUGGAGACACUUGUGGAAAAAUAUUCCCAUCUUAUUGACCCAGAAAAUGAAAGUGACGGCCAGCAAGUCUUCAAUAUUCUCCGGCAAAUUUCCAAGGAGUCUGGUGGCACUGCAGAUUGUCCAAUAACCUCGGAUGUCCUCACUCAGGCGCGACAAAUAUUUUCUUUGGGUCACGAGGCUCCUACUCUGGUCUUGUUCUGGAGCAUUUGUGAGCUCAACCUGCACCCGGAAAUCGUCACCCAGCUGCGAGGGGAGUUGAUGAAGAGUGGAUGGGACAAAGAAAACCCAGACUACCACAUGCUCAUUAACUUGCCGCAUCUCGAUCAUUUUCUCAAUGAGAUAUUACGGGUGCACCCACCUAUCUCAACCACUGCUCGUAUCGUCACAAAUCAGUUCAACUUAGUGACUCGGUCUGGUAAAGCAGUCACACUACCUGAGAGAACACAGAUCUUCUCGUCUGUUCAACUUCUUCACUUGGAUCCCAAUGUUUGGGGCAGCGAUGCCGAUAAGUUUCACCCCGACAGAUGGGGAGGCCUUUUACCCAACUCUUUAGAGAGUCGGUGCGAAUAUCUACCCUUUUUAGCUGGCCCAAGGCGCUGUACGAGCUCCAAUUUUGUGCUUAUCGAAAUGAAAGCCAUUCUAGCUGUUCUACUCUCUGAGGCAGAUAUAAGUAUCCUCGACGCCGCCAGCGUGACGCCAAAGCUUGGAGGCGUAACACGCUCUACAUUCCCAGUCGAGUUUCAAGUCAAGCCAUAUGUAUCUUGA